AUGGUCUUCCAAGUCGACGGUGCCCGUAGAAGCAACGGCUACGACAACGCCGACGGUGCUGCAGCUUGUGUGCUCCUUCGACGCAACAGACAGCCCUAUCUCCUCUGGGGAAGACGACUACCCAACUAUCCAAAGCCAACAAACCAGCGCGCAGAACUUACUGCUAUCGUUUUGGCGCUAAGAAAUGCAUUGCUGAGAGACGAGGAACUAGGUAUCCAGACCACGCUUGAUAUAACCAUCGAGUCCGACUCAAAGUAUGCAAUCGGGUAUAUGACGACUUGGAUCCAUAAGUGGGUCCAAAACGGCUGGAUCAACGCUUCUGGGAGGGAAGUGGCUAAUCAGGAUCUGUUGGAGGAAGCGGUGGACCUGGAGCAAAGGAUAUUGGAUCAGAAUGGUGAAGUGGAGUACAAGUGGAUUCCAAGAUCGCAGAAUGUCGAGGCUGAUAGGUACUGUAACGAGGUAUUUGAGACAACUUCACGUUCGAUAUUGUGA